UGAAAAUCAAAGAUGGCGGCUAUAAUUUUCGCAAAGAAAUUUCUGAUCACUCGCUCGCCAAAAUCACGCCUGCUCUGCAGGCUAUCCGAUUGGUGGCUUAUUGUUGUUUUAUCGCGCAAAAUUCUUGAGCAUUUUUGUCACAUGAUUGGUUUUCUUAUUCUGACUCAAAACAUUGGCGUGAAUGCAUUCCAAAAUGGCGGACGACAGGGAAGACUUUUUUUUUUAAUUUAAAGGGACUUUCCCUAGACUAGAAUGCAUCACGGGAAAAACUGCUUCUGUCAUUGGAAAACGUAAACAUCGUUUUACUCUAAUUCGCGUUUGAACAGAUCUUUCCCCAAAGAUGCAUAUGCCAGAGAGUUCCAAAGGUACGUGAAAGAUUUUGGAUUUCAAUGGGAUAUGAUGCAGUUGGUUAUUUGCAAAAAUCUCGAAGAGUCGCCUGCAUAAUUAUUUCUUUGGCAGUCACAUAUAAAAUUUCGAGCUUAAUUUCGCUUUCGACUUCCUCCGUUCGAAUUUUUCCGAUGUUUUUUGCAUUUAAACUUUUAUAAUGAUGAAUAUCAGAUAGUAUCGCUCUUUAGUGCAGGAUUGGACGUCAAAAACCAAUAAUUAUAGUAACAACAUUCCAACUGGAAGGAUUACGUCCAUGUAAAACCAACCUCGUCUGAAAUGCGCCUAAUUUAUGACCAAGUUGUUUGGAGAAGUGUAAUAUCCGGUCAUAAAGAUUGAGGAAACAGGAAUUAUUCAUUAUUAUUCAAACCAAUCAUUAUUUUAUAUGUUGAUAUAUCUGUAUUUUAUUUAUUUACUUAUUUUAUUUAUUUACUUAUUUUAUUUAUUUACUUAUUUUAUUUAUUUACUUAUUUUAUUUAUUUAUUUGUUUGUUUUUCUUUUUACGGUUGGUGUGAUAUCUUAACGAUUUUACUGACCCAAUACACAUAAAUGUAAAUGUAAAUGAAAGUAUUAAGAAGGAUCUUAUAACUUGCACUCACUGAAAAUUCAUGGAAAAUUUAGAAGAAUGUUUAAGUUUUAUUGAAGGUGAUAAUUUGUGUGUUUGUUGAGUUAGCUGAUAGUAAUUGACGGUAAAGAUGGAUGAACUGGGGAUUCAAAUUUACGAAGUUCAAGCGAAAGUGAAAUUAGCUGUUUCUUCUGUACCAAGAAACAAAAUGAUUGAAGUUUGAAAUUUCGUAAACCUUAAAAUGCAAAAUGAGUUUGGUAUGAGAUUACAUCUAAACUUGUGCAUUUACAUCUAUGAAUAAGGUCGAAAAAUUUUUUGCAUAGAGUUAGAAUGAUAAGUGCAUAGAAUAGCAUCCAAGUAUUGAAUGUUUUUAUUGCAAUGUUGUUACUCUCCCACUUUCAGGAUCUUGGCCUCUGGAUUCCAGUUGUGUGCAUGAAGGUUAUGAGCUUAAAAUUUUGAAAGCUUGUCGUCAUCAUAUUACACAUCUUCUAUCAUCUGAGGUAUCACAUUUUUUUCCUGGUCCAUUUGUUCAAAUCCAAGUUGUGGUUGCACUGAUAACUGGCAACAAUGAACUGUUUGAUUGCCGCCUUGGUGCUUAUGGACCUGGACAAUUCAAAGUGGUAUGUACAUGUGCAGUGCACUAUAAUAUGUAAAUUGUCUAGCAUAUGUAAUAAAGGUAUAAGUAAAGGACUCAAAAAAACACUUGUAGUUAUCCUAGAUAACUGGAGGAUAAAAUGUGUGGAAAUUCCUCUCAUGAUCUAAAAUUGCAACCAGCUGUAGUCUGCCAUGAAAGUGAAAAUUAUGAUGCAUUAAAUAUGAUGAAAAUGCCUUUUCUCUUCAUGAAACAGGAUUUUCUAUUACUGUGUAACUUUUUCUUUUAAUAGAGUGCCACCUUUUAAUAUUCAGACAGCAACUAGUAAUGUGCAUCAUUGGGAAUUGAGUCUUCAAAGUGAUUCUAUUGGCCUGAGUGCUCUAUUUUGUCAAGAAUUAUGAACAAUUUGCCCAAAAAAUCAUAGUUAGUCAGUCAUAAGCCCCUAGGGUACUGAGUGAGGGUAUUUUAUCACAAUUGUCAUCAGUCUGUUCUGUUGCUUGCACUUUUUUGGACUUGCUUUCAUGUAUUUAUUGGACUACCCUAUCACUAAGGGAAUAGUUUUGUAGUCUGUGUACAAUCUAAUAAAAAGUCUGAUAAUCCUUUACAUGCACUGGUAUUUUGUUUACAGUCAAAAGUACAGUUUCCGCUUAGUAACCUUAACUGGCAGUUUAGACUGACUGCAGCACAGGCUAAAUAAUUGAAAAAAAUUGAAGAAAAUCAGCUGUAUCUGAGCUUCAAGGUUGUUCAAUUAUCAGUCAUAAUUGUCAGUUAUCAGACGUCAGACGUCAAUUGUGUUGUUCCCUUAUUUGUUCUUCAUUUCUCCUCAAGAGCUCAGGCAAGAGCUUGUUUUUCAUUACCCAGGGGUCAAUUGUCAAGCCUGCAUUAGAUGUCAAUACUAACUCAUUUUCCUUACUUUCCGGAUGCAACAGCUAGCUUUCACAAUUUAAACAGUUCUAUUUCUUUCAAGCUCAGAAAGAAAAUAAGAGUUGUGGGCAUUUACCCAUACAUCAAAUCCCUGUAUGUGAUACAAAAGUGGAGGGCAUACCACAUGCUUCAAAGCUAUUUCAAUCAGUAAUAGGUGCUGUCACAUAAACAGAGGGCAAAGCAAACCUGCUGUGUAUGAAAUUUCAAAGAAUAGCAAUUUUCAAAAACUUGAAAGUUAGUUUGGCCUUUUUAACACUGUAUUAAUUUAUCAAGUUGAACUUAGUUGGUAAACUUUGCUUCCCAGUUUCUAGUCCUUGUUUCUGUAGUAAUUUUCACUCACAUUAUGUAGUCUCUAUGACUGUAAAAAACACUUGUUUGUAACUGCAUCACAGUAUUGCUGUAGGCUGGCAGAUAAAUUAUUAAAGCAUUAUGUCUGGCACACAAAAGGAUUUUUUUUCCUGUGGCAGCAACAUUUUACAAUAAUAAAUUGGUGUGUUCAAAGAAAUUGCACAAAUUGUGUCACAGGAGGUGAGCUGCAAAUGAAAGUCUUAAAGUUUAACACAAAUUACUCUAUCACACAAAGAAACUGAUCCGCUCACAGUUCUGGUGUUGCACUGGUAUUGCAGAGGUCAUGGGUUCAAAUCCUGACAUGCCUGAAUUUUUUUCAGGCCUUAUUUCUGCUACUGUUUAUUAAUAAGUAGUUUAAAGAUUGCCGUUUAUAUAUACGUGUUGAAUGAUUUUCUUAUAUUCAUAGAAAACAUAUCUGCAAUUUGUUAAGUCCAUUGGAGAUUUUAUUUUCAUCACUUAGAAUUAUCGUCACUCAUACUAACAACAGUAAUUUCAAAAAGUGUUCAAAUAAUCCAAGACAGCAUUUUUUUGUUGUGUAUUGUUGUGUUUUGUGCAUAGUUUCUUCAGUGUAAGAAAUUCUCACUAACCCUCCUCUUCAUGCACCUAAUUCACGUCAUGCAUUUUAGCAAGAAAAUAUAUAACUUAGAAUUGAAUCAAAAGAUACAUUCCAGAAGAAGAGCUUGAAAUAGACUUUCCUCAUCUUCCAAGAGAGCAAAGAAUGAUUAAUUUGGCAGUGUGAACAAUAUAGCUACCUUUGUCUUUACUGUCAGCCUACAGCCUAAUAUUUUCUUUACCAGUAGUAAUCCAAACGAGGUUGAAUUUACAAUGAAUGAAGAGAUUAAGUUAGUUUUUAAAUACUGUGCUAUUAAUAAGUUAUCUAUAAAUUUUAAGAACACUAAUUAUAUGCUAAUAACAUCAUCAAAGAAAAAAAUACAUUUAGAUAUCCACAAUAUUGAUUGCAAAAGCUAUAUGAAGUAUCUAGGUAUAUACCUUGAUGAGCAUCUACAGUGGAAAUCACAAAUUCAACAUGUUAAUAAUAAAUUAGCAAAGAACGUAGGGAUAAUUAAUAAGCUAAGACACUAUCUUGAUUUUCAAAUGCUCAAACAGUUAUAUUAUACCCCUAUUUAUCCAUACUUAAACUAUGCUCUUGCCUGCUGGGGUGCUGCUUACAAAACUAGAUUAAAUAAAAUCUUCACUAAGCAGAAUAGAUGUAUACGAAGUAUGUUCUUUGCUCAUGACAGAGAACAUGUCAACCCCUAUUUAUAAUCUUCUUGGAAUCUUGAAACUUGAAAAUAUUUAUACUCAGACUAAAAGUAUCACUUUUUACAUAUAAACUUCAGAAUAACAAAAGUAACACCCCAGCUGUACUACUGAAUAUUCUCACACCUGCAUCAGAGAUUCACUCAUAUAAUAUCAGGUAUGUUGCAAAUCAAACCUUCUUUAAGCCAUCAGUAUGCACUAAUUAUGGUAUGUCUACAUUUAAGUUCUCUGCAAUAAAAAUCUGGGAAUCUGUACCACCUGAAUUUAAACAUUUUCCAUACAUGCUAUUCAAAAAGCAGUAUAAAAGAUUCUUAUUGAGUACUCAAAACUGACCAUAGUUAAACUGUUAGCAAUAUAAGAUAAUGCUUCACAAUCCUUUUAUUAUAACUUGCAUUUAUGUAAUACUAUGUCUUUCUUCUCUUAUGAUAACAAUAUUGUCUUUAAUGUAACUAUUAAGUUAAAUUAUACUUAAAAUGCAGCCAACCCCAACUCAUAUCUACACAUGACAGUGAGCAUGAUUAACAUGACACUGUGCACGGUUAAAUAUUCUUUCUUCUUGUUAAUUUCUGUUUGUAUUUUUUCUAUAUCAUUGUAAAUCAUGCUAUGUUAAGUUAUUUUUUCUGUAAACAGUCAAAAUAAUAAAGUAUGUGUGAGUGUGAGUACAAAGACUGCGUAGUGUUGUUUAGUGAUUAUUGAAGCUGAUCUCUCCAUUGAAGGUAGCUCUAGCAGAUUUCCAAUACAUCUACUUGCCUUCAUCCACAAUGGUGGCAAUAGCCAAGGACCAUGCACAUGAAGGACCCUUUAAAUGUAGCCUUAUCCUGUAAAUUAUUGAAGACAUGAGGAGACAAAAUCAUGCUGUAGAUUCUGCUUGAAGAAAAGAGUGUGUUUUUUUAAAAGAAUCAUCAACAAAUUGGAAAGAUGGAGAGCAACAGAACUCAGCAACCAGUUCUGCUGGGAAAUUUGAAAAAGUUCCUCCACUUUUUCAGAAACUUAGACAUCUCAUAGUGCAAUUGCAUCACCAUGACACCUUUCCCUUAAGUUGCAAUAUUUCUAUUCCUGUGUGGUUUCCAAAUCAGUGUUUAUCUCAAGUCUCGCUAAGUCAUUUAACCCCUAUUGAAUAUUGUUAUAUAAGCAGAUAUGCAAGCCUUUAAUUUGAUCUUGCCAUUAUUUUAUAGCUAACAUUUUUUCAGUGGUUUCAUAUGCCAGUGUUAUAUGCAAAAUUUUUCUUAACUGGGGCUAUGUUUGGCUCUUUUUGGUGCUUUGCAAAUCAUGGAGCAUAUUUGUAGAAGAGGAAAGGACUAACUAAACAAGUUUAUAUAAAGUUUGGAUCUAAUAUUCCUGGACCUUGCAGAUAAUGGGAGUUCAUUCUUUUAAUGUAAAGUAGAUAUGAUUUUCAGAGACUACUGCUGACCAAAUAAAUCUCAAUACUUUGUAGUUCUUUUUGAUUGCUUAAACCAGUGAUGGGCAGUUACUGUACUAUUACUUUUUAAAGAAGUUCAACUUAUAAACCAUUUUUUGUGCUCAUUUUGCAGAAUGGGGGACGAGGUGUGAUUGAAGCAGAAGUGAAAACAGUUGGUUGCAAUUAUUUCGUAGAAACAAUGUCCACAGACUGUAGUGGGAAUGAGCUGCCCUCCUGUGCUGGGAAUUUUUUGUUUCUCUUUCCAGCUCGCUUUCCCGCUGAGUACCAAAUUUACAUUAAGUUCAGAGCAUUAACUGGAGAAUUGCUGGAUGCAAUUCCUUUGCCCAUUUUGACCCAUCAUCAAGGUACAAAUUUGUUUGAUUAUUGGGACGGCCACUCCUUGCCGUUGGUGGAAUCUCCCAUCUCCAAAAAGCAAUUAGUUGGUAUGUUUUCAUUUCCUGUGUGUACAUGUGCAUCUGAAUUUAAUUUUCACUUGAGCUGGUAUGUUAUUUAGAAUUAAUUUUCUUGGUACCAGUAGUUGUGAUAUGAUUGUGCAUGUAAGUUAUGGCUUUCUACAAGGUUAAGUGUAUGCUCACUGUGCAUUUAUUACAACAAUAAAAGUUGAUUCAUGUGGCUGCGUAGCAAGAGAAACACUCACAUAUACAAACCCCUUUAUAAUCUCACAGCCUAAAUGUUUUCAGGGUUGUCUUCUACAAAUACUAAAUUGCACUUUACAUAUGAGGAUCCACCAUUGCUUUACUUGAUUAUUAUCUGCAGAUCAAAUGAAAUUCAUUUCAUUGAACAUUGUGGUUACUUAUCAUUUGUUAGAGGUAAUAGGCCUGCAGUGUCAGUUCCUAAGGCAGUGUGUGGAUAAAUUAGCCAAAGGGGCUAGAGUAACUCAAGUUUUGUGUGUAGAAAGUUUCCAGGAGGACUUUUUCAAGUUAAAAAUUAUUUUAAGCCAGCACCUGAUGGUAAUUCCAAAUUCAGUUCUAAUUUUCUGUGUACUGCAUAUACUUCUAGGCAUUCUUGGAAUCCCUGAAGGUCAAAAGAUUGUCCUGUAUUUUCAAGAAUUGGUGGAAAAUGGUAAUUCUUAAGUAAUUCUGUCUUAUUCUCUUUGAAGCUUCAACAUCCUCCUCCUUCCUGCCCCACCAGGCAACCCCCUGUGCAUUUGAUCUUUUCAAGAUUGUUUUAAUAAAUUCCUGCCCCAAUGGCCAAAAUUAUGUUCAAAUUCCCCACCCAAGUACUGGAUUUGAUAAUCAGUUUGCCUGUAAUGGCAAAACCAGCACAUGACUUUCAACUCAUUGACUGAGCUCUAAAACUUACAGUCACUGUCAAAAUUAGUUGACACAUCAUGUGUGAAGAGUUAUAUGUUGGUGUAGAAUAACACUCCUGUUCUACCACACUCUAAAUCAUUAACAAGACCCCCUUCCCCAUGCUAUGUUGGCUAAAAGUUCAUGGAAUAUUAAUAUAUGAAUAUUUCAUAUUUAUAUUACUUUCAGGUGCAAUUGAGUGCUUCAGAAGAGAUAUGCUGUGUCUCAUACAACAUACACAUACAUCCAAUCAUGUGGAGGCAAAAUAUCAGGAUUUGCUUCUUGCUGUGAAAGUAGAGGUAGAUGUAUUAAACAGUAAGAUAAUGAUUGUAGCUACUUCAAUAGCAGCUGCACCCUUUCAGCAGCCAGUGUCAAACAAGCGCCCCUCUUGAAUAAGUGCCCCCCCCCCCAUCCUCCCUCACUUCCUUAAAUAGUAGGGAAACAAGGAAAACCUGCUUCUAUUGCCACUUUAUUUGUAACUUUUGAGCUUCAAUUUCAGCAAAAUCAGCACUAGAAAAUAACACGCACACCCCUUGAUUAAAUAAACACCUUGGCACUUAUUUGAGGAAAUGCCAUAUGGUAGAUUUAAAAUUCUUAUGUGGUUAAUUUUGAUGUAUUUUUCAGGAAAGUCUCAUUUUGUAUCAGAUGGGGGAUCUUGAAGGAUGCAAGCAUGCAGGUAAAGAUGUCUGUAUUCAGGCAAACAGGAACCAUUCAACAAACUAUAACGCACUUGUUGGAAGAGCAAAAAGUGUUGUCUCUGGGGUCUACAAGAUGGAAGAAAACUUUGAGAUGGCUGAAGAACUAUUGGAUUCCUCUACUGAGGUUUGUUGUGAAUCCUCUGUUUCAUAGUGUCUUUUAAAGUGUGAAACUUUUACAUUGUUGCAUUGUUAUGCAUACUCUCCAUACUGUUCCCCAUACCUUUCCUAAGGUACUGAGAAGGAGAAUUUGUUCGUCAAUCAAGAGUUUCUCUAUCUUGAGGCCAUUCUCUUUAAUCUUUCAACGCUAAUGUUUGAUUCAGGGGUGAUAUUGUAAGGAGAAAUUAGAUGUUAAUCUGUCUUUGGGGUUAAAGGGUUGAUGCUUUUGAUUCCUUAUAAAUGCAAAGGGCCCAAUUUGAGCUCUACUAAGGUUAUUCAGAGCCCUGUUGCUACAAUUUUUGAGUUAUUUUUUUAUGAAAAAAAAAAGCUCUAUUUACAUGUUAGCGUGUAGAGUGGUAUGUUGCUCGCACCAAUCAGAUCGCCGCAUUAGGGUAUGUAUGUUGCACCUAUCAGACUGCCGCAUUAGGGUAUGUAUCUCGCACCAAUCACAUCACAGCAUUUGGAUAUCAUGCACCAACCACAACGUUUGGGUAUUGUUUCUUGUAAAUGAUGUCAUGGAAUCAGGGGGCUGUGUACAAAGAAUCACAUCAACCAGAAAUUUUGGGCUCAUUUGAUAAGUGUUAUGAUUGCGGCCUUUGCAAGAGCCUCGUCGAGUAAGGUCGAGAUUUAUCAGGAUAUGAAAGGUUCGCAGUUAUUUUUAUUUAAUAAUUUUUAAGUAAAAACGUGUGCUUUCCGCUCCUUUUCUCACAAUGCACAGGCCAAACAAUUUACAUUCCAUUACGUAAUAUGAAAACAACGUCCAGAGUCCAAUCAGAACAUACCAAAUCAUUGCUCUACAUGAAAAUUAAGCAAUUUUUCACGUGCUUUAAUUGUAUCCUAACAAUCAAAUUCCCUUUUGCCACAUUAGACUUCGCUCUAUCACAUGCCAUUUCCUUGUAAACAACCUGCAUUGUAUCACGUAUGCUAACCGCAUUAUCCAACAGAGAGGAAGAGAGAGUAAGAGUUACUUUAUUUCAACUCGGGCUAAUAAGGCUGAUUAGGCCUCUAACAGUGCAUGCUAAUAUGUCAAGAAAAAGUAAAAUAAACUAACGAAAAAUUGAAAAAUUACUAAUGACUAACUUUCUAACUAAUUCAAGUAAGUAAACAAUCUUAACUCUUAAAAAUUAUAGCAGUGAGAAGAUCUUAAUAGACUGUACAUUGCAAAUGUAGCUCUCUUACAAAAUUCCCAAAUUCCCUAAGAAUUGUCGUUGAGCGUAGUUCAUCCGGUAAGGAAUUCCUCUCUCUGGCACCCAUGAAAGAUGAAGAUCUUAAGCCAAAGGUUGUAGUAUUCUUACGUGGGACCACGAGCUUCUUGGUCCCUUUUAGGUUUUUCACUUUUUUUCGUACAACAAACAAGUCUGACAACAAGCAAUGCUUAUACAUUCCGGUAACAUGCCGCUUACAGCUUUAAAAAUCAAUAUAGUAAUGUCCUGUUGUCGACGAUUGGAAAAAGUUAAACGGUAGUCAUCAUUACCAUAAAGGGGCGCCCGUUUGUUGUAGACCCACCUUAGAGCUCUUGCAUUAUGCCUUUCCAGCUUCUUAUUAUCAGACUCAUUACAAUUGAGCCAAAUAGCAGAACAAUAAGAGAAGUAAGACAUUAUGUACGAGUUGAUAAUAUAAAUUUGUUCUGUUGUCUCACGACAAAGUCACUAGAUGUAGAUCGCGACGUUUCCAUUGCUUACUGCAAGUCUUCUUCGGGCGAUGGGGUCGACUGGCUCCGGCACAGCAAUAUAUAUCAUGGUGGUCUGCUGCAAUUGGUGUAUUUUAUUUUUGCUCAGAAGUAUUGAGACAAUAGACUACAAAAUACCUGUGUGAAUGUAGGUAAAUUAUGUUUUUUCUCUUUCUCUUGAAGUGAAGUAAUGCGAUAUUUUCAAUCUUUGGAAAGUUAUGAAAACAUUAGGGAAAAAAGGGUGCCAUUUCGACCUACCCAGCCAAAAAGAUAACUCUUGCAUGCUACUCAUGCCUAUGUUUAAAGGAAGCUAGCAGUAGGGGGAAGGCUUGAGCAUUGCAAACUUUUUCGUUACUUGCAGCUGUUACAGGCAGUUGUUCCCAAUGAAGAGACUCCAAUCAACCGCACCAGGUUUGCUGCUCUGUUGUGCGAGAAGGAAGCUGUCAUGGGAAUCACCAAAUCAGAAGAAGAGAAGUUGGAGGAAUUCCUGAAGGAUGUUACACUGCGCUCCGGACACCGACUUGAAAGGAAUCAAAGCAGGAUUGCGAGGAGUCCCAGAAGAUUUCUUAUCAGGGCAAUACUCCACUACCUUCGCUCAAAAAAAGACAAAGCCACCAACCUUCAGACAGAUGUGUCCCAAAGGGCUUUAGCAAUAGCGGAUGAGUAUGCUCAACAGUUCAAGAGAGAUUUUCUGACCAAUUGUCCUAUGAGAGAUAGGGCAGGGUUUUAUAUUGCUUAUGGUGAUCUGCUAACAAGAAAAGGACAAUAUGAAGAAGGUUUGUACAGUUUUAAGUUUUACAUUCUCAAGAUACAUUACACGAUAUCAGUUCAAUGGUAAUUAUGGAAACUAAUAAUAAAAGACACCAUUACUGCAUAUACUGGUCAUGGAAGAAUAUUUAAGAAUAUUAUUUGUUACAGAGUAUUGCAAAUUUGAAUUUUGAGGGUGCAUCACAAUUUAUGAGACUUGAGUAACUUGAGACUUGAAAAAGACCCAAACUUAAAUUGGGCUUAUGUGACAUUGUUUGUAGUUGUUAGCCUUAUUGCUUUCAUGCCAAUGACUUAUUUCUUCAAUGACUGCAAUACUGGGGCCAGCCUGCCAUCUCUUAAGAUUUUAUUUUACCCUUGUUCAUUUUCUCGUAUGCACUUAAAAUACAUUGUACAUGUAAGCUGUGACUGAACCGAGAUUAAAAUUGAAAUUCACUGUAUCCAUGUCUGUAAUUAUGAUCUCUCCUGCGUAUGUGAUGUGAUAAGCCCAGUAUCUUCCAUUUGUUUUCUUUUCCAUCACUCUCUGACGCCUUUGUGGAUUUCUGUCUCAAGUUUGUUACCAUGAAAAGGACGUAAGACUGAUACCCAAAUGGUAUAGGCUCUCUCUUUUUUUCGCAACACAAAGUCCCAAGUCAAGCUAACGUUAUUGUGAUCAAGAAAUUAAGUAGAAUACAGGGAAACUAUGGUACACCGCCAAUCAGAGAGCAGGAUUAUAUACAAUCCGGUACAAAUGAACCAAUCAUGUGGCCGGAUUGGCAUCCAAAGAGAUUGCGUGACAUCAAAUCGCCAUCUUGGAAGCUUAUCCGAUUAUAUGAUUGGCUCAUUUGUAACACUUGGUACAAAUUAUCUUCCUUAAUUGGUUGUGUACAAUAGUGCCGCCGUAUACUACUGAAAUAAAGGAGAAUAUGAAUAGGAGAAAAUAAAGAGAUUAGUCUGUUUUCUGUCUGUAUUCUUGUUUCCAUCCACAGCCAUCCGUCUAGAGUCUAAGGCUUUGAGAAUAGCAGAAGAUCUUCAGCUGCAGAUAGAUAUAAACGGAGCACGUGACCGACUUCAGCAACUUGAUCGGCUGCCUAUGGAGCGAGAUGAGACUGGACGGAGGCGUCGUGACUUGGCCGACAGGGAAAUGGAGGAAUAUCACGGCUUCCAAGAACCAGGAUGUGAAGUUCUUCCAGGACUUCUUAUGGAACUCGAUAGGGCGAUGAAUUGAGGACCUAACAGAGACGGUAAGCUGCAACACUACACCAUCUCCCUUAUUCAAAAGCAUCGCGAACUGUCAUUCACUGUCUGAAGCUGGCUCCUGUCAGUAUUCUUAUAACAAUAAAUCUACAGUAGGGUGUCCUGUUGUUGUACCACGCUAAUUUUAUAGCUUAGGUUAACUUGAAUUCAACGUAUUAACGGAAGGAAUAUAGGGGAAAUGUUGGCCAGUCGUAUUUUUCUCUGUAGCUCUAGAGCGUAGGCAUUUAAAGCUGUAAGUUGUCGUUGAAAACUUUUUUCCUUUGUUGUAAAAAAGAUAGCGUUGGGGAGAGGAAAGUUACUGAGUCGCUGCCCGAUCAGCUCGAUCAGUAGAAUGCGAAAAGAAUGGGACGGAUUUUGACGCGUGAGCUGCCUUAUUGAUGAGGCUGUUAUUCUCGGAUACGGAUCUUCAUGAUAGACGGCAGUGGUUUGUAUGUUCACGACUAUAGUCAUUAGGAACACUGAAGAAGUCAGUGCUAAGGACUGGUCUUGUUUCGCCGGUUCGUGCCUCACAUACGGUUGACCUCAGCGCACCUUCUUAACUUCUAGGAAAAUGUUGCCGUUAUGUUAUGAAAUUACUGACUAUUGUACCGUAAUGAUUACAAAGGGACACAUGUAAUUCAGGUGGCAGUAUAGCAUAAACUAUUUUUUGUUAUCUCACAUUUUAUGAGAGGUAACGUAUUUUUACUUUACUGUCAGACAACUGUUACUUAAGUUGGUUGCAUUUUUUUUCGCGUCGAUGGAGAAUCUUGAACGUUCAUCCAUGUUUACGUUAUUACUUUGCUUUAAAAGUAUGUCAGAGAGAUUCAUGAAGAGGUGAAUACUUCUGUUGUAAGAAGAUUGUCUGGUUUCCAUGUACGGAAAUAAGUGUGUGAUUAAAAUUUACCUGGUUUAUUUUAACAUUUGUCCUGUUCCGUCC